AUGGCCGGCCUCAAGAUCUUCUGGGUCUCGGGAUUUUUCUUCGGGCCAAACCAGCUUUGCGCAAAGAUGAGCAUUCUGUUCCUUUACCAUCGGAUCUUUGGCAAGAACGCAGCAUACGCACGCUGGACACUGUUCCUUGGCCUCGUCCAGAUCGCCUGCACCAUCGUGGAGGUUCUCGUCAACACAUUCCAGUGCGCUCCCGUGCGCAAGUUCUGGGAUCUGAAGGAGAAAGACGGCCAUUGCAUUGAUACAGGUGUGUAUUUGGUCACCAUGGAAUCAGUCAACUCGACCGUGGACUUUGCAAUGGCUAUUCUGGCCAUGUAUAUGCUCCGCGACCUUCAGAUGAGUCUUCGAGCAAAAAUCAGGGGCUGGAAUCGUUGGCCUCGGAAGAGGUCUGUUCAGUCGGUUUUCAAAGGAAUGGUCAACAGACGCCGAAAAUACGAGCGCUGGCCAAAGAAUCCACUCCAGGACCAAAACCAUUGGUAUGCGUUCGGGGGCUUGGAUAAACUUGGGGACUACCCAAAAGGCAACAAGGGCUCCUGCGCUGGUCAGCUCGCCUUCGAGGACCUACGCAGUCUACAUCACAGGUGGUGA